AUGCUUACUGUAGAUUUUUCUAAUGCUUUUAACCAGGUGGAUAGAUCAGCCUUACUUCGUGAGGUCAGGAUGAGGUGCCCUUCUAUUUCUUUGUGGGUGGAAUUUCUAUAUGGGCAGCCAGCAAGAUUGUAUCUUGGAGAUGGGCACAUUUGGUCUACCACGGGAGUUCAGCAAGGGGACCCAUUGGGACCACUUCUUUUCGCUCUUGUUUUGCACCCCCUUGUGCAUCAGAUUAGAGACAAAUGCAAGCUUCUCCUUCAUGCUUGGUAUCUUGAUGAUGGGACUGUCAUUGGAGGUUCAGAAGAGGUGGCUAGAGUGUUGGACAUCAUUAAGGUGACGGGUCCAACAUUGAGUCUUGAACUCAAUAUUAAGAAAACUGAGCUAUUUUGGCCUUCUUGUGAUCGUAGCAAGUUUCGUGUAGGGUUAUUUCCUAAGGACAUCGGGAGGCCAUUAGUCGGGGUGAAGCUUCUUGGGGGGGGGGCUGUUAGUAGAGACGCAAGCUUUAUUGGUGGGUUGGCAAAGAAAAGAGCUGCUAAGGCGGUAGAUUUGAUGCGUCUUCUACCCAAAUUAGGUAACCCGCAGAGUGAACUACUCUUCCUUCGAUCCUGUAUGGGCAUUGCCAAGCUUUUCUUUGGCUUGAGGACGUGCCAACCUGUACACAUGGAAGAUGCAGCAUUGUUCUUUGACAAAGGUUUGCGUGAGGCGAUUGAGGAAUUGGUGGUUUGUGGAGGUCCUUUCUUUGGAGACCUCCAGUGGCGACUUGCCUCUUUACCUAUUAGGUUUGGGGGAUUGGGGUUGUAUUCGGCUGUAGAGGCUUCAUCCUAUGCUUUUGUGGCCUCGAGGGUCCAAUCGUGGGUGCUACAGGACCACAUCUUAAGAGGUAGUGGCAUAUGUGGUAUGGAUUCUGAUUAUGUUUGUGCUUUGGCUUGUCUUCGUGAUACGAUUCCAAGCUUUGACUUCAGCGGUUUCGCUAAUAAGGACACCGCCCCCCUAAAGCCCAACAUGCAUUGGCGAUUUGACUUGACCGUUAGACAAAAAGCCGUUUUUGAGUGUCUCCGAGCACCACAUGCACAAGAUUUCCUUCUUGCUAUACCUAUAGAUGGGUUAGGCCAGCAUAUGUCGCCAAUGGAGUAUCGUACUAUCCUUAAGUAUCGCCUUAUGAUUCAUUUAUUCCUAGUUGAUGAGGUAUGCCCUGUUUGUCAUAAGGCGUGUUUGAAUUCCUUUGGGGAGCAUGCAGUUCACUGUAGAGAGCUCCCGGGGUUCAAAUACCGACAUGAUUUGGUUAGGGAUGUCCUUUUUGACAUAUUCAGGUGCGCUGGUAUUUCUGCUAAGAAUGAGGCUCCUGUUAAUUUCUUAACAGACCCGUUGGAAAGGAGAUCUACCCUUCGACCAGCUGACAUUCUGGAAGGGUCAAAUGUCCUUGAUUCUUACCAUGGGAGAGGAAAUGAUGAUCAAGCGGAGGAGGUUGUUUUCGACUUUCGUCCUCAUCAUAAUGAAUCGUUGUUGCCAGACCUCAACGAGUUUUUUGUGCCCCGCCAACCGUUGUUGCUAGAUCUGAACGAGUUUGUCGUGUCUAGCUAUGAUCAUGGUUAUGGGUCUCCGUAUUAUGAAGGCGGUUACGGUGCCUCGUACGAAUAG